AUGUUUUCUCAGUUAAGCCAAAGAAAAUGGAUUCUUCGUGCACAGAAUCCUCUCACCACAUUUAAGACUACCCAGCCAGCUUUCGAAGUAACGGACACAUGUGUGGGUGUCGGGCAGGAUUUCACUUGCCCAGAGCCAGAGGGCCAGUUUGCCAGUGACCAAAACUGCAAAGUAUUCUACCAAUGUGUGGGCGGCUUCCCUUACCGACAGAGAUGCGCUGAAGGCUCCUACUACGAUGGUAGCAAACAUGAGUGUGUCAGCAGGUUUGACCCAAACAUCAAGUGUGGGCCCCAGCCUAAAGCUGAGGUAGUGGAGAAGGCGCCUGAUCCCUUCGCUGCCACUGCUUGCGACAGCCUGGAGUGCACUCUGCCAUAUUGUCACUGCUCCUUCGAGGGCAAGGACAUCCCUGGUGGACUGAAGCCUGUAGAGGUUCCCCAGAUGAUCAUGCUGACAUUUGACGGCGCUAUCAACGACCUCAACUUUGAGACAUACUCCAAGAUCUUCCUAGACAACCGAACCAACCCCAACGGCUGCCCCAUCCGCGGCACCUUCUUCGUCUCCCACGAGUACACUAACUACCAGCUAGUCGAAAAAUUCUACAGCCGGGGUCAUGAGAUUGCCGUCGGAACUGUCAGCCGUCGUGCGGGGCUAGAGGAUGAAGGAGAGGAGACGUGGAUCGGAGAGACUGUCACCAUGAAGGAGAUCCUGCAGAGAUUCGCUGGCGUCAGACCUAACGACAUCAAAGGUGUGCGGGGACCACAUCUCAAACCUGGCAGGGAUGCACAGUAUGAGGUGCUGAGUGCCUAUGACUUCACUUGGGACUCCACCAUUAACAACCCCCCCACCGCUGUACCUGUCUGGCCAUACUCCCUGGAGUACAAGAUCUCCCACGAGUGCCGUUCAGAAACCUGCCCAAUUAGAUCUUUCCCAGGUCUGUGGGAGCUGCCCAUGAACUCCCACUUCAAGGACUUCGAUUACCAAGGAGGCUUUUGCCCCUAUCUAGACCAGUGUGCUCUUAGCUACCUCAACGAACCUGAUGCACUGGAGUGGCUCAUCUUGGACUUCGAACGCCAUUAUUUGGCUAACAGGGCUCCCUACAUGAUGGCACUCACCACCAACUGGUUCCAGACACCAGAGCUGGAAAAUGCUCUUCAUGCCUUCAUUGACUACACCAUGCAGUUUGAGGACGUGUACUACACCACCAUGACAGAGACACUGCAAUGGGUCACUACACCUCAGAGACUCAACGAGCUCUCGCGCUUCCAGCCAUGGGACUGCAAAGAUAAGGUACUCCCAGAACCACCAUGUAAUGCUCCAGAAUCCUGCAAACUCUCUUUGGAGCCCAAGUUUGACAACAGUACCACUGCUCCCUUUGGCUCCAGGUACAUGGUUACAUGUUAUGGAUGUCCUAACACAUACCCCUGGGUAUGGGACGCCAAUGGUGCAGCACGAAAUAAGGACACCUACGCACAGUAUUCCAAUGACAGGGCAGACCUUGCUGCCCUUGACUCAGCCGCUGUUUAAGACCUCCUCCUGGACUUAUUUAGCUCUGAUUUGCUCGAUAUCCCACAGUAAACACAUAUAAUCUGCUCCCCUUCCCACCUUCAUUUUCUCUGAUGGCUAGCUGUUAACUUUUUGUUCUUAGUUCACUCUCCCUCACUAGAUUUUUUUUUUUUUUUUUUUUUUUGUAAAAUAUUAAAGUUGAGGAAGAAUGUUCAAUGCCAUUUUUGCCAUCAAAGUAAAAUGAAGAUUUCAGGUAAAGAUGCUUCUGAGACAAGAAAAUGAAGCAUGCUAUCCUGCCAAUUCAGCAAUUAACAAAUGAGAAGCAAAUUUUAAAAUGAAGUUAUAUGAACUACAUUAAGCAUAGGUCUAUCACGUAAUCAAGAAACACAACUUUGACAACUUGAUGCUUUAUAUACUGUCCUGUAUAGUAUAUUGCACACAAUUAUGGGACAUUUGCUGUUUUGGCAAUGUGAAUCUAAGCAUCAGGUAUGUCUUCAUUUGGAAACUAGUAGAAUUAUUACUGUAUAAAUAUUAUAUUCAUGGGUAUGUGCUAAACCCAAAGGAGUCAUAUAGCACCUGGAAAAUGGAAGGUUUUUUUUAAAAGGUUUGAUCCAAGGAGUGGGUCACUGAAGGUUAUGUUAGUGUGGUACAACUUGGAUAUUCCAUGCUAUCUGUGUUUGUGUACUGAAGCAGGAAGCCUCCUUGCUGUUUUUUUUUCUUAUACUGCUUAGGUUACACUAUAUUAACUACUGUACUUUUGUUAUGUAUAUGUGACAUGAGAAUAUAAAAUAUAAGUCACCAAAUACA